GCUGGCGCGGCGCAGGCGGGGCCGGGGCGGAGCGCGCUGGUGUUGCCGGAAAGGCCCCGCCGAUCUAUGUCGGCCCUUGCCGGCUUCCGUCGGCUGCCGGUGCGGGGCGGCGGCGGGGCCAUGCCCCGAAAGGGCAAAGGAGCCGGGAAGGGGCCGGCGGAACCGGGCGCCGCCGCGGGGCCGGUGGCGGCAGCGGGUGACGGCUGCGUGAGGGUGGCGGUUCGCGCCAAGCCCGGCGCCAGGAGCAGCGGCGUCACAGAUGUGACGGCAGAGGCAGUAGGUAUAGCUAUUGCUGCACCUCCAUCAGAUGGGGAGGCCAAUGCAGAGCUGUGUCGCUACCUCUCGAAGGUGCUAGAAGUGAAGAAGAGUGAAGUUACAUUAGAGAAGGGUGGUAAAUCACGUGAAAAAGUGGUGAAGAUUGUGGUAUCGAUGACACCAGAUGAGGUUUUAGAAAAACUGAAAAAAGAAGCUUCCAGUUGACCUAAAACAAGAGUGGGAAAUAGGAAAAUGCAUCUUGGUAAAUGGACUGACACUAUUUCUGAUGUAAAUCUUGUCCUAUUGAGAAUGUGGGUAAUGACUAGGGAAGAACACUUCUUCCUCCCGCCCCCCCAAUACAGCUGCUGCAGUUUUGUGUGGGUUUGGUUAGCAAAACUUGUCUUUACUGAGGCUGUUUCUGCUUCUGUUGCUACAGUCUUUUUUUUUUUUUUUCCUCUGGAGUUUCCUGUUGGAAAGAUUUGUCCUCUUUCUGGUUUAGAAAAGUUGUUUCUUGGUGAAGCAAACUUUGGUUAACAUAGUGAGAGGCUUGCACUGAUAAGCUUCGUGAGUUUUCAUGAGGAUGAGUCUGUCUGAUGGUAAAGACCCUAGAGGAAUGUUCUCUUCAGUACCAAGCAGCAAGUACUGGGUGCAGUUUUGCACUACAUGUGUGCGCAUACAUCUAAAACAGAUGUAUUUGAAGCCAAUAAGCUGCUGUUGAUCACACAGGUAAGCUAAAAGCAGAAUCACCUGAACAACUGAAACCAAACCAGAAGUUUGCAAUAUGAAAACCUGAUGCAGAGCCUGGUAACUGCACACAGGAGGCCACUUUGGAAUGGUCUCUAAUUAGUUUCCUGAAAAGUAAGAGAUACAGUCAUGUGUCUUUGCCAAAUGUAUGUCAAGUGUAAUGACUGUUUUUAAUAAAAGGAGUGAAAAAAUA